AUGGAUGCGCGCAGAGUGUGCAAAUGCAUUGAUACAAACGGAAAAAACGAGGAACUCGUGAAGGCGUCGCACAGAAGCUGGACAGAGCCCUGCAAGAUUGCAGCAGGCGCCUCGCUGGCUGGAUUUCCUAGAAGUGGAAAAAUGCUUUCGUGUUUGUACAACGGCAGAGUGUACUAUGCAGUUGGAAGAUCGGUGGUUUCUGUGCCGGUUGGAUUUGGUGACCAGGAGGCGAGUAUUGAGUACAUCACCACAGCAGAAAGCAGCAUUUCAGCCAUGCACAUAAACAUGGAGACUAUUCUGGUGGGAACUCUUAGUGGAGAAGUCAUUGGAGUCAGCCUGAAGAACCAGGUCCUGUUUAAGAGGCGCGUGGAGAGCACGGUGUACAGCUUGCUGUAUGCUCCCGGGAAAAUCUUCUUUUCACUGAUGUACAAAAUGAUGGCCAUGGAGUAUAGGCCUGGCGCAGAGAGCGCGGUCUGCGUGGAAGGCGCGGGCACAGUUCUCCAGCAGAUGAACGACAUAGUCCAGCACAUUAGCGUGGUCCAGGCAAAGGACACCCGGGUGGUGGCGUAUGCCAGCACUGACACACUGUUUGUGAACAGCCAAAUGGUGAAGUAUGUCGCAAAUGUGGUCUUUAUGCAGGCAGUUCUCACAGGAAGCGGGGCCGUGCGGAUAGUCACAGGGCUGACCAACAGGAGAAUAUACAUCUACGAGUACGAGAACGACCAGAUUGUGCUGAAAAACCUGGUGUACACAUGCGGAAUGAUCAGCGGGGGCGUGGUGCUGGAAGACAUGCUCGUUGCCGUGCUAACAGACAGCAUAAGCAUAUACGCGUGCGGAAAAAACGCAGAGCGGCUGUGCAUGCUCGGUCCAUACAAUGAAGACAUUGUAAAGGUUUUUGUGAAAGAACCAGACACAAGCGCAGGUGGGAAGGGCCGCGGAAAGUGCGACUACAGAGAAGUGGUUGGCCGGAUAUGCAUAGCCCUGGGAACGGGCGGAAUUUUCGGAUACAUGCCUAGCAGAGGCGCAGACGAGUGCCAGCUCAGGUCGCCCAAAACCCUGGGGGAGAAGAUCGCACAGAAACUUCCGCAGGAAGAGCACGCUUUGCUGGAGACCUUGCACAGCACACUGUCUGAGAUGGAGGCCCUUACAAAGUCGUGCACAAAUGUUGCAUCAGGAAACUUGGCCCGGAUCAAGGACAUGCACACAAACGGGAAGUGGAUAGUCACGGCAAGUGGGCCAACAACAAGAGUGUUCAGCGUGGAGGGCGGAAGAAUAGUGGAGGUGUUUCGGCCAACAGUUGACGGCUUCCCAAUAAACGCAGUGGUGCCGGACUGGAACGGGAGCUUCCUAAUAAACAGCAACAACAUUCUGAAAGUGUACACGCCCACGCAGAUAUACAGAAUGCUUGCGCGCGGGGGAGCCCGUGCAAUCCAGCAGCUUAUAGAAAGAUAUAACUCUUUAUUGGAAGAAUGCAGAAGACAGGGCCCGGAGGCCCGGAUAGGCGCAGAGGCAAAGCUUUUGCAGAACGCUUUAGCCGAGGUCGCAGGAGGCGAUGCUGAAAGCAAAGACCCAGUGCCGUUUACUGCAGUGAAGCAGGAGCUGUCGCUGAGCACGAUCCCGCAGGCGCCGUGCGGGCCCGAGGAGAGAGAGUACAUUCUCAGCACGAUCAGAUCCGAGCCUGGCCUGUCGGCAAACCACUUUCUGGAGGUAGACAAAGUGUACGGGUUUCCCUUUGAAAUUUCCACCUUCGUCAAGGCGAAGGACACAAUGCUUCUGGUGAGCUGCAAGUCCUCGCAAAAAGCUUUUUCCAAUGUGUUUGUCCUAAACAAAAGUUUGGAAAUCGUGCAGAAAGUGCAUGUACACGCAAAAACAGUCACGCACAUUUUUGUUUCGGGCGAAACGGUGCUUACGCUAGGAAAAGACAGAAGGGCGGCCGUGUACAGAAUCGCCUGUGAGCAGAGCGCCCUUCCAAAGAGCGAGCUCACAGAAUGGUUCAAGCCGGGCGACUUUGGGCUUGUGCUUUUGGACUCCAGAAUAGACCACAAAAAAGAAAUUCUGGCAGGGCACAUUGGCGGAAGCACAGUCAUCACAUCUUCAAAGGACAAAACAAUCAACACGUAUGCGAUCGAGGACAGCGCCCUGGUUCUAAAGCACACGGAGACUGUGCAGGUUCCCAUCACUUCUAUAAAUAGCGUCAGCGUGCGCAUAGAUGCCCCAGAAAUAGUGAUGGGUGAUGCAGACGGGGACUUGCAUCUUGGAGGGAAGGUUUACAAGGCACACAAUAGAGAAGUAACCCACAUAGGAGAGUGCACAGGCCCAGAGAGGUAUCUGGUCACAGCGUCCGGCGAGGGAAUAUUAAAGGCUAUACCUGUGCAGGAGUUUGAGUGA